AUGACACAAAACAGCCAUGCAUCAUCGUGGUGGCAAUGGGAAGUAAUGGGCAACAACAAAGAUGAACUUUCUAUAUUGGCACUACCGGUGAUCACAAUCACAAUAGUUAUUUUGGGUGUUUUAUGGAACAAGUUGACACUAUCGACCUCCUCACGAUCGCCACCGUUACCACCGGGUCCUCGUUCAUUACCGGUUGUCGGGUACCUUCCAUUUCUUGGCUGUGAUCUUCACAUCAAGCUCACCAACAUGGCUCACACCUACGGACCCAUCUACAAGUUCUAUUUGGGAAGCAAGCUUCACGUGGUUAUAAACACCCCGGAGCUAGCAAAGGAGGUGGUCCAUGACCAAGAUGAGACUUUUGAUAACCGUGAAAUAUCAGUGGCGACCUCAGUUUUAUCUUACCGAGGCCAAGAUGUGGUGUUUUCAAAGAACAACGCGAACUGGGUUAAACUUCGCAAGAUCUUUGUCCAUGAGUUCUUAAGUAACAAAAAUCUUAAAGCAUGUAGUUCUUCCCGUACGUAUGAGGUUAGAAAAACAAUCAACAAAGUUUUUAGUAAGAUUGGGACCAAUGUUAACAUCCGUGAGAUUGCUUUUUUGACUGAGGGCAAUGUCAUAAGAAGAAUGGUUUGGGAUGACACUUUCUAUAAAGGCGAAAAGGGUGCCCAUCUUGGAGCCGAGUUACAAAUGAUUACGUCCAAUAUUGUUAAAAUUUUGGGACAACCAAAUUUGUCAGAUUUCUUCCCUAGUCUUGCUCGGUUUGAUCUUCAAGGUGUUGAGAGGAACAUGAAGAAACAACUUGAGAAAUUGGAACAAAUUUUCGCAAGUAUCAUUGAAGAUCGUAUCAAGUCUAACUCCAAAAUGUCAGAUGAUGGAAUUGGAGAUGAAGGAAAGAAAGACUUUUUGCAGAUCUUAUUAGAUCUCAAGGACCAACAAGAUCUUAACAACACCCAAGUAAAAGCACUUCUCCUGGACGCAAGUAUUUUAGGAACAGCCGGAAUGGCCUCACUCAUAGAAUGGACGAUGGCGAAUAUUAUGAGAAAUCAUGAAGUAAUGAAAAGGGUGCAAGAAGAAUUAGUAAAAAUUGUUGGACCAAACAACAUGGUCGAAGAAUCGCAUCUUCCAAACCUGCAAUACUUAGGCGCAACGAUUAAGGAAACAUUCCGGUUGCAUUCUGUAGCUCUACUCCCACGGGUACCGAGAAAGGAUUGUGUGGUUGGUGGAUAUGCAAUUCCAAAGGAUUCUCUCGUACAUUUAAAUGUUUUUUCAAUCCAACGGAAUCCUCGAUAUUGGGACAACCCUAUGGAGUUUAAUCCCGAUAGGUUCUUGGCGAAUGAAGGGACAAACAUAUGGGAUUAUCAUGGGAACAAUUUGAAGUUCUUCCCAUUUGGAUCGGGAAAAAGAUCAUGUCCAAGCUUUCCGUUGGUUAAGAAAAUGCAAAUGUUUUUCUUGGCUUCUCUCUUGCACUCUUUCGACUGGACCUUGCCGAAGGGUGAAGAGCAUGACUUUACCGAAAGUUUUGCAUCGGAAGAGGAGGUUGUAGAGAGAGCAUCUAAUUGGGACCAACCGAUGUCUGAGUACGUUGAGAUGUCGGAACGGUAUCUACGGUUUCAACCACCCUCGAAUCACGCACAACCACAGCCACAGCCACCCUCGAACACCGUCGGAGCCCGGCAUAUCAGAUCGACGGGGACACCAUAG